GACAAAGCCGAGAGCGGAUUUUGCACCCUGACAGUAGUCAAGUGUCCUCAGACCUGCAUCAUGGCUAUGAACAGUCCAGGAUCACCAACACAAGGUGAAACACUGAAGAUUACAGCGAAUCAGUUGGAGAGCAAUGUGGCUAUGAGUGAAUCCAGCUCCAUCCACAGCGAUAGACUGUACAGCAUAGCCAGAGAACUUUCUGGAAUGGGGCUUGAUGCGUUUGACUACAUGGACAAGAGUUCACACUCGGUGGUAAACAACUUCUUGAAUGGCAUGGGGCACGAGCCGGGCAAAGGGCUAUACUUUGCUGAUGGGAAGAGGAAGGUGGACUAUGUGCUGGCAUACCGGGUAACAUCAGUGGUCCAGGACUCUCCAGGACAGCAUCGGCUCUCGGUCAUCUCCAACGGCAGCUUUCCCCGUGCAGGCAGCAAAGAGGUUGAAGCAGUGAAGGAUGAUAAUGCUGAGGUCAUAGUGGACAUGGGUCAUGUUGAUCCGGCUGAGUGUGAUAAGCUCAGGAUCCGAGAUGAGUUUGAGACCCACCUGAGGGAAGCAGGACUGCACAUCGAACGUGACAACGAGCACAAGGUUUAUGGAGAGGGCUUUAUCAGGCUACAUGCCCCUUGGCAGGUGCUAAGCAGAGAGGCAGAGUUUCUAAAGAUCAAGGUGCCCACCAAAAAGAGCUAUGAUCUGAAAGAAGAGAAGGGUAUAUCAGCAACUAUGAGCACAGUGUGGAGGAAGUUGAACCAGCCAUUUCAACCCAAUAUCCCUCACUUGCAGCAGCAGAGCCGCACAAAGUUCCUCUCUCACAGCUUCUCCCGGGACAAACUCCAUCUGUACAACAUUGAAUGCAAAGACACCUUCUUCGACAAUGCCACAAGGAGUCGAAUUGUGUAUGAAAUCCUUAGACGCACUACCUGCACACGGACCUGCCAAACCAUGGGCAUCACCACAUUAAUAGCUAAAGGGGUGUAUGACUCUGCCUUCCCUCUGCAUGAUGGAGACUUCAAUGACUCUAAAGAAGAAGAAAAGAAUGAGAGACAACUGUUACAUAAUGAAUGGGCAAGAUAUGGAGCAUUUUACAAAUAUCAGCCUAUUGAUCUUAUCAGAAAAUACUAUGGGGAGAAGAUAGGACUCUACUUUGCCUGGCUGGGUGUUUACACUCAGCUGUUAGCCUUGGCGUCUCUGGUGGGCAUCAUCGUGUUCUUGUACGGCUGUUUCACUAUCGACUACAACAUUCCUAGUCAGGAGAUGUGUGAUGAGAAACAGAACUUCACUAUGUGCCCUCUUUGUGAUAAUGCCUGCGAUUACUGGCACCUGAGUACAGCCUGUGGCACUGCCCGUGCCAGCCACCUCUUUGACAACCCAGCCACUGUCUUCUUUGCCAUUUUCAUGUCUCUCUGGGCGGUUAUGUUUCUGGAGCAUUGGAAACGCAGGCAAAACAGUUUAAACUACAGCUGGAAUAUGACGGGAAUGGAGGAAGAAGAGGAGCAUCCCAGGCCUAAAUAUGAGACAAUACUCCUUCAGAAGAGACAGAGGAAGAGCAAAAACAAAAAGAAGAACAAAAGCGAGCAUGGAGAGGAGAGACUUACAUGGAAGGAUAGGUUCCCAGGCUAUUUCAUUAAUGUUUCCUCCAUUCUACUAAUGUUUGGUGUAACUUUUGCUGCUGUCUUUGCGGUGAUUAUGUACCGCAUCACUGUCUCUGCCACAUUGGCCAUGAAUCCUGACCCCCAAAUCAAAGCAAGCGUGCGAGUGACCGUCACAGCCACAGCUGUCAUCAUCAACCUAGUUGUGAUCCUCAUCCUGGACGAGAUCUAUGGUUCCGUGGCUGCCUGGCUCACUGAGCUGGAGAUUCCAAAGACAGAGACUGGCUUUGAGGAGCGUCUGAUUAUGAAGGCCUUCCUACUAAAGUUUAUGAAUGCUUAUGCCCCCAUUUUUUAUGUAGCCUUCUUCAAAGGAAGGUUUGCAGGCAGGCCUGGUGAUUACGUUUAUGUUUUCAAUCAGUAUCGGAUGGAAGAGUGUGCCCCUGGUGGUUGUCUUAUUGAGUUAUGUAUUCAGCUCAGCAUCAUCAUGUUGGGAAAACAGCUCAUUCAGAACAAUAUCUUUGAAAUUGGCGUCCCGAAGCUGAAGAAGCUGUUUCGGUCCCUGAAGGAAAAGACACGCACUCCUGAAGUACACGUGGAACAGACCAGUCGUACUCUGCGUCAGUGGCACCUGGACUAUGACCUGGAGCCGUUUGUAGGCCUCACGCCUGAAUACAUGGAGAUGAUCAUCCAGUUUGGUUUUGUCUCCCUCUUUGUGGCAUCUUUUCCACUGGCUCCUCUUUUUGCUCUGUUGAACAACAUCAUUGAGAUCCGACUGGAUGCAAAGAAGUUUGUCACUGAGCUACGUAGACCAGAUGCUGUGAGAGCACAAGAUAUCGGAAUCUGGUACAAUAUACUGAACGGCUUGGGCAAGUUUUCAGUUCUCAUCAAUGCUUUUGUCAUCGCCUUUACAUCAGACUUCAUCCCACGACUGGUUUAUCAGUACAUGUACAGUGCGAAUGGCACCAUGCAUGGCUUCAUAGACCACACACUGUCAUACUUCAAUGUCAGUGAUUUUCAAAAAGGCACUGCACCUAAUGGCCCCACUCUCAUAGUCUGCCGGUAUAAGGAUUACAGGGAACCCCCCUGGUCUUCACAGCCCUACCAAUUCUCCAAACAGUAUUGGUCAAUCCUAGCAGCUCGACUGGGAUUCGUAAUACUAUUCCAGAACCUGGUAAUGUUCUUAGGUCUGCUCGUGGCCUGGGUGAUCCCGGAUGUGCCCAAGAACAUCAGCGAGCAGAUUAAGAGGGAAAAGACCUUGCUUGUAGAUGUCUUCAUGAAGGAGGAGAAGGAGAAGCUUCAGCUCAUCCAUAGCCUUUUCUCAAAAGAAUCAGGCUCAUUGCUGCUGCAGGAGACAAGGAAGCAGGUGCAGACAGUCUGUGAGCCCCAGGCUCCCUUGCCCAACCUCACCCAGGCUGAGGAUUCCACCAUUGCUUCCCGCCCACGUACUCGUGCACGCGCUGCCAGCUUUAGCCAAUUUACCCGCCAGGCCUCCAUGUCACCCCAAAAUGAUGGGGGCUCACAGACAGCAGUGUGAACAGGGAAAGCAAGAGUCGGCAAAAGGGGUUAGCCGGCCAUGAGAUCUUCAGCGUGCCCAUACUCAGGAUGGAGGACUAGCAGUUGACAGAGGGUACGGCUAAGCUUUCCACUGAGUUCUUGAGGUGAUUUAGAACCCUCUAUACAGCGGUUCUUACUGGAUCUAAUGCAAGAGAGGUCAUUAUAUAUCUAUCUCUGUACUGUAUGUCUGAGCAUAUGUCCACAGGCGGCGUGUUUUGAUUGCUUUUAAAGCUGUGAUGUAUCCAAACAGUCCGCAGAGGCGAUCUCAUCCUGGCCUCUAUUCCAAGGCUUCAUAGGCCCGCUAGCCAUACUGUAGGACCUCAUCCCAUGCACAGCACAACUAGUUGAGAGCAUGGACACUGGAAUGGAAGACCAAGAAUCUCAUCCAUGGGGCCUCUUGCACAUUUUCCCCCAUCUGUUCUUAAGCUAAGAGGAAGAUAUUUUUGACAGGAGUCAAAAGCUAACAUUCACAUCUGGUCCAUGCUUACUGAACAAUUUGUGAAACUGCACAAACCCAAGCUGCUUUGCAAAUUUUAUCAAAUGUAGCGUAUCACAGCAAAUAAUUAUUCCCUUUCAUUUUCUCAGGUAAUACCAUCACUGUAGGCUUU